CUUGCGGUGUGGCACGGACAGCUCUGAAAUUUGUGACUGAGGUUGUGACAGUUACGGCUUGAGGUUGUGGCCGUUAUGGCGGUUGUGGCAGUUGUGACGGUUGUGGGCAGGAGUGGAAGAUGCUGAGGUGUCAUGGUGAAGGCUGCAGUUGUAAGGCUUGAAGAUAAUUAAAGCAUGGCAAUAACAGCCGUGGUGACCGAGGAAGAGAUGAGUCGUUGGUCCACCAUGGUGAAAGUGGGGAGCAAUCUGUCCGAGAAACCGGACAAGGAGCAGGGUGGCGGAGAUGACGGCUUUGACAACAUCCCGUUGAUAACACCACUCGAUGUCAACCAGCUCCAGCAGCCGUUCCCGGACAAGGUGAUUGUCAAGACCAGAACAGAAUACCAGCUCCAGCAGAAGAAGAAGAGAAAGUUACACGUUCCGGGAAUAAAAAAGUUGAACAUAAAUCUCUACGAUGAAGUAUCAGAAAAGGUCAAGCUGACGGGACUCAUUCUCAUCACGAUGGCGUUCUUGGCCUGCCUCCUCAUGCUGGUCAUGUACAAGGCCCUGUGGUAUGACCAGCUCAGCUGCCCAGAGGGCUUUGUGUUCAAGCACAAGCACUGCACCCCCGCUGCUCUGGAGAUGUAUUAUUCCGAGCAGGAAGCAGGAUCCCGAGGAAGUCUCUACACGGCAAUUAACCACUUAACUCAAGCCAAGAAAACGAUCCCCGAACUGCCCUCCCCUUGGCUGCCGGUCAUCAACGCCUUGAAGGAAGCCGAGAAAGCCAAAGAGGAGUCACCCGGGCCCCGGCAGUAGCGGACGGAGGAAGGCCGAAGCCAGACGGGCUGCCGCCUCAAGGGUAGACGUAAUCACUUAGUCGAAAGGGUUCACCCAUCAUCCACAAUUGCUUCCUAACCAACGACAUUACUGGGGGGAUAAAGGGGGACAGCAGCACCCUUGUUCCCAAACUUCCUUCCCCUCUCUUUCCCCCACUCGGCCCCAGAGGAAGGGAGAGGAGAUUUUGACCAUUCUCUGAGGGAGCCAGGCCCAGCCUCAUUGGUGAACACGGUUCCCACUGGCUUUUCUCUCCUUCUUUUUGGAUUUUUUCUUUUUUUCGUUUAUCUGGGGAAAGACACCUUUGGUGUGAGGAGAGAAAACCCAGAAUUACGGGUUUCCGAGCCGAAUAGGUUAUCCCGAAACUAAAUUCCCUCUCCUGGGUUCCCCCCACCCCCAAUCUUUCUCAUGUGGCUAGUUGAGUUAGCAUCACCCUUGUCUCCCCAACCCGAGCCCGACUUCUCGGAGGGGAGCGGGUGUGACCAUGUGCAACUUGAAUCAGUUGUCCCCACUCAUAUUUGGUGGUGUUUCUUUAAGGAUCACUCGACACAGCUGUUGUUUAUUGUCCAUGGCCUUGUUUAUGUGGAGAGGGAAAACCCACAUGGCUAUGGGGCAGACCCCGCCCCCUCACCCCCACCUCAAAACAACCCCCUUUCUGAGCUAAACACUUCUGCAUUGCUGCGUUGCGUUGCUACCGUGCUGUUUGGAGACAAAUGUUAACAGGCAUUCCACUUUAAUUUGGGUAAGCUUUUAAAUGUAAUUUAUGCUCUGCUUAUCUUGGUUUGCAAUUUGAUUGCUAAUUACAAGGCUAAAUUUGACACCAUUUAAUUUCCUUGCUGCCGGCUAGGAGCCUUUCGUUGUUUUUUUAUUUUUUCCUUUCAUUAACACUUCCUUCGAGUCUGUAUUCUAUGACUAGUGUGAAAUCAUUGUGACACUCUCCUUUGCACCUUGUGUUUGUACUUCUGCUUCGAGGCAUUCUUCCGCUGGCUGCGGAGAAACAUCGGCGAUUUUACAACCCUUUGUACAUUUUUAUAGGAAUUGUGAUCUGUCACAUUGCAGCAAAGCACUUCAAGUGUGUCAAGUGCCAAAAUGAAUGUGGUGAUCAGCAGCUUUUCUGUAAGUAAAAAUAAAUGUCACCCUCAGC